AUGGGGCGCUAUCAUGGCCAGCACCAACCAGGAGAGGAGCAAAGAUUGCUGGGGAACGGAAAUGACCAAAAUGCCCAACAAUCUCCCCGCAGAUGGACGGCGGUGCUUUUGAGUUUGUUGGGUAUUCUCGUUCUAUCGACUGUGUACCUGAUAGGGCACAGACACCAGCCUGCCGUGCUCUUACAUUCAGUCGAGUCAGGCGGAACAUUAACUUCAUUCUCAACCCCUCAAAGAGACUGCAACAGCAUCGACAGCGGAUACCAGUGCGGCCGGGACAUCUCUCGCCACUGGGGCCAGUACUCGCCAUACUUCUCCCUUGCGUCCGAAUCGAGCAUCUCAGAUGACGUCCCCGAGAACUGCCGCGUGACCUUCGUUCAAGCACUCUCCCGGCAUGGCGCCCGGUACCCAACGGAGACGAAAAGCAAGAGGUAUGCUGCUCUUGUGGCGAGUAUCCAAGCCAAUGCCACCGCCUUCUAUGGCAAAUAUGCAUUCCUGCGGUCAUACAGGUACACCAUGGGCGGGAACGAUCUGACCAUUUUUGGCCAGCGUCAGAUGCUCAACUCGGGCAUCAAGUUCUACCGGCGAUAUGGGGAAUUGGCCAACCAUACUGUGCCCUUCAUCCGUGCCUCUGGGUCAGACCGUGUGGUGGCAUCAGGCGAGACGUUCAUCGAGGGAUUCGAAGAAGCAAAGAGACAAGACAAAGAUGCAGAUCAACAGCAACCUAACCCAAAGAUCGACGUCAUCAUUACAGAGGGGAGCUCUUCCAACAACAGUUUGAACCACAAUAGCUGCCCGCGUUUCGAAGAGGACGAGCUCGGGGACAAGGUUAAGGAAAGUUACACUGCGAUCUUUGCACCACCCAUCCGCCACCGACUCGAGCGAGAUAUCCCAGGCGUGCGGCUCUCGGAUCAAGACAUCGUCAGUUUAAUGGAUAUCUGUCCGUUCGACACGGUGUCCCGCACUCCGGACGGCAGCGAGCAGUCCCCCUUCUGUGAUCUGUUCACCGAAGCCGAAUGGGCGCAGUACAACUAUUUGCAGUCACUGGGAAAGUACUACGGCUACGGCGCGGGCAACAUACUUGGACCCGCCCAGGGCAUCGGGUUCGUCAACGAGCUGGUCGCCCGUCUCACCCACACCUCAGUCCACGACGACACCAGCACGAACCAUACGCUUAACGCCAACGCAUCCUUCCCAAUUAACCGCACACUCUACGCCGACUUCACCCACGAUAAUGGCCUGACACCAAUAUUCUUCGCUCUCGGCUUGUACAACGGCACGGCGCCCCUCUCUCGCACGCACGUCUGCUCUCCCGCCGAGGAAGACGGCUACUCCGCCACCUGGACGGUGCCGUUUGCAGCUCGCGCCUAUAUUGAAAUGAUGCAGUGCCGGUCCGAGUCAGGGGCUGCUGAUCUAGACCCGGAGCCUUUGGUCCGGGUGCUUGUUAAUGACCGCGUGGUCCCACUGCAUGGCUGCCCAGCUGACUCGCUCGGUCGUUGCCGUCGGAACGACUUUGUUCACGGACUGAGCUUUGCGCGCUCUGGCGGCAACUGGAGGAGCUGCUAUGAAAAGCAGAGCUGA